UGCAGGGCCGGUCAUCGGCCAAAGCGCACGUCGCUGCUCUCACGGCGCGGGAACGUGCGAAAAACUAUCAUAUCGGGUCGAGCCGAGUCACGAGGAGUGCGUGUCCGGGGAUGAAGAAAUAAUAAUCCGUAGGAGAGAAUCCGCGUCUCUCUGGUCUCCUCGGUGGUGUGUUUGUACACUUUGCGGUGAAAGCUCGAGGAUUACGCGACUCGAGAUUGAAAUCGGGAUUGACUUCACCGUAACGCGUAGCGCGAUUGCAGUGAAAGAUCUUAUUUGAAACUUAAUGAAUUAAAAAUGAAAGGUCUUCUUUUAUUUUAAUCAAGUGCGCGCGCGCGCACGCGUGUGUGUGAAAAAUCGAAUACGUUAAACGUCCGAUGGAGAGGUGAAGUUUAUCAGCUGUUGAUCGGUUGCCAAAUAGCGUUAAAUUUAGACGUGUCUUUAAAUGAGUCAGUGCAACUGCAGGGAGGCAUUGCAACUGGCAGUGGUUUAACGAAGAGCAAGGCGGCAACUCACAAUUCUCUCGCGUCCAGACUGAGAGGUGGCGCGAAAAGUCUCAAGAAUUACGGAGCAAAAUUUACUCCAGAAUCCUGAUCUCACCGUUGACUACGAAGACAUCACAUAAGGAUUUGGCAAAUAUGUCUCGAAUCCCACUUAUGGCACCUGAGAGUUCGCAAGUCGCAGAGCGUCAAAAUAUCGUAAUGCUUGAGGCUGGAUUACCCGGUGACUCGUGGACAUACUGCGUUGAGAGGGAACGGCUGGCUAGAAGGUCGGAAUGGUUUCAAGCGAUGCUUAUUGGUCCGCUUGCACCACCAUCAACGGAUUCGCCGCCGUUGUUGCGACUGCAACACGUUGACAAGCGGGCGUUCGAUCAUUUUCUCAGAUAUCUUCACGAUGAGCCUAUCAAUUUUAUAUCGGUAUCGACGGCCAGGGCCACGCUCGACGCGGCUCAUCAAUACCUUUGUCCUGGACUCGCGCGACUCGCCGUGUCGUAUCUCGAGAAACAUCUUACACCGUCGACCGUGCUCGAGAUUUAUCAAGGCCUCGGACUCUACGCGAACGAUCUGCGGGAGGGAGAUCCCGGUUUUGACAGAUCGCCGAAUUCACCGUCAGCACCACCGUCGCCCGAGGAUGACGCCGGUGUAAUAGCUGCAGUGUGCACCGAUCUUCUGCUCAAGUGCCUAUCUGUGAUCGACUCGAAUCCGGCGAGAGUGCUGAAUCAGGAACACUUCGAGGAGCUCAGCGCCCAGGAGGUCGCCCAGUUAGCGUGCCGCGACACUCUCAGUAUCCCCAGCGAGUCCACCCUCUUCUGCGCGUUGGACAGAUGGGCCGCGGCGGAGUGUAGGAGACAGGGUAUCGAACCCCUGCCAGUCAACAAGAGAGCCGUACUCUCGGACGACGUCUGCUUCAGCGUACGGUACCUGCUUAUGAACGAUCGGGAAUUCGUCAGCGGCCCUAUGGCGAGCGGAAUCCUGACCAAUGAGGAGUGCGUCCACAUUGUCUCUAAAAUACUCAGGCAUCCCGAGAGCUCGAAAAAUGACAGCUUUCGGAGUAGCGCAGCCAUUCAUCCAUCUAAGUUGUCCAGUGCACCUAGAAUCGCAUAUAAACGCGAGGAUCAAGACUGCAACAUGUUGAGGCCGGGUAAAAAAGAGCGACAGGAUAAUCGAAAGAAUAGAAGGAGAGAGUGUGCCAGUCAGGGACAGAGAACAUGCGCUAGAAUAGGAAAUUGCCUCGUACAAAUCCUAGCUUGUGUGUUUGACUAAACAUCGCACCGUGGCGUCAUGAUUAAUCGCAGAACUUCCAAAUUUUCGAAAAAAA